AUGGCCUCCUCCCCGAUCACACUCAGCAAGAACACUAAGCACCUCCACUCGUCGGACGGCAAGACCGUCGACUUUGCCAAGCUCAAUGGCCAUCUCAAGCUCGUAGCCCACAAGUACCAACGCUGCCUCUCCGCCUACGAGAGCAACGUCGGCAAGAAGCACCCUCGUCACCAUGCGGGCGAGGGCGGCAGCAUGCUCAUCAAGGGGGCGGGUGAUGUGAGCCUCGAAGAUGAACAGAACGAGCUCUGGACUGGUCCUAUCAGCUUUGGUGGACAGACGUUUAAGAUCGAUUUUGAUACCGGCUCGAGCGACACCCUCGUCAAUAAGGACGCCUACAAGCCAGGCAAGACGGCUACGCAGACGAACAAGACUUUCUCCACCGCCUACGGCGACGGGACGAAGGCUCAAGGCCACGUCUACCUCGACACGCUCGAGAUUGGCGGGCUUCCAGCAGUCAAGGAUGUAGCCAUCGGUCUCUCCACCACGACGUUCAUCAACAGCGCGCAGGAGGGAGGCAGCCAAGGGAUCAGCGGCAUGGCUUUCCCGAGCUUGGCUACGUUCGGAUCCAAGUAUCCUCCCUACUUCGACUCGCUCAUGAAGGCCAACGUGCUCAAGCAGCCCCUCUUCAGCUUCUUUUUCGCAGAGACGGGCUCCGAGCUCACUCUCGGCCAGAUCUCGUCCAAGGCUACCGGCACCCCUCACUGGGUUCCCGUCGACUCUUCGCAGGGCUUUUGGACGCUCGAGCAGACGAGCGUGAACGGCAUCCAAAUCAACGCUAUCGGCGACACGGGAACAACGCUCAUCAUCGGCUCUCCCUCUCAGGUCCAGCAGCUCUUCGACUCUCUCGACGGCGUCAAGGCGCAGAACGAGGGUGGGGCUACGUACGGCGUCCUCACGGGCGACACGGUGCCCAAGAUCACAUUUGAGCUGGCGGGCAAGCAGGUCACCCUCUCUGACGAGAGUGCCGUCUUUGGUGAUGAUGGAAAUGGGAACAAGGUGCUGUCCAUCGUUGGGCAGGACAUUGGUCUAGAUGGCUGGAUCCUCGGGGAUGCGAUGCUCCGUAACUUUGUGAGCGUGUGGGACCGUGGCUCGAACAGAUUCGGAGUGGCCGAUCUCGCUGGGGGCUCGGCGGCCAAGUAA